CAAGCGACUUUGUUCCAGCGGGGAGAAAAGCACCCGAGAAAAAGUCUAAACACAGUGGGCGAAACGUUCCGAUGCUGGGAUUCGGUGUCAGCGGCCUUUGCGUGAAUUUGUCAGAGUUGUCUUAGCCCGCAUUUUUGCUGAAAAAAGAGGGUUUUUUUCCCCUUAAAGUUAAGCCGUAACGGAGUUUUCUCAUUCAGGAUGUCGGACUGAGACAAAGGGGUCUGGGGGCAUUCCCGUCAGAGCGCAGGUACAACUCGAUUCUGGAAAUCUCCUCUGGAUGGGAAAAGAUGGAAAGGGAGUUGCAAUGGUGGAAAGGACAGCUAGCUGCAGACAUCCAUCAAUCCCUCCGCAUCAAGGAGUUGAAGUUACCAGUCUACCGAGCCCAUUCACCACAGAUUGGCAUGCGUCGCUACUUUGCAGACUUGUUGGCCAUCUUGAGUAAUCGCUACCAGCUAUGUCCCACAGCACGGCACCUAGCCGUCUACCUGCUCGACUUGUUCAUGGACCACUAUGAUGUGGCCGUCAAGCAGCUCUAUGUCAUCGCCCUCUCCUGUCUGCUCUUAGCAAGUAAAUUUGAAGAGAAAGAGGAUCGUGUACCCAAGCUGGAGCAACUGAACUCACUGGGCUUUAUGCGUAAUUUCAACUUGAUUCUCAACAAGAGAGAUCUGAUCAAAAUGGAGCUUCUGCUGCUAGAGACCUUUGGCUGGAACCUGUGUAUGCCCACACCUGCCCACUUCAUCGACUACUACCUCAAUGCCUCGGUGCAGGAGGGCGACCUGUACAACGGCUGGCCCCUGUCUUCCCUCUCUAAGACCAAGGCUUUCAUGGACAAAUACACUCACUACUUUCUCGAAGUGUCACUGCAAGAUCACACUUUCCUAAGUUUCCGGCCAUCCCAAGUUGCUGCCGCGUGUGUGGCAGCGUCACGUAUUUGCCUACAGAUUUCCCCAAGCUGGACUACUGCCCUGCAUCUACUGACUGGCUACACCUGGGACCACCUAACUCAGUGCAUUGAACUCAUGUUGAUUGCUCAUGACAACGACGUCAAAGAGGCCAACAAAACAAAGUCCAACCCUCCGCACCGAGCUUCCUCUCUGCAGUCUCAGACCCAGAUCUCUCACCUAUCCCCAGCGUCGGCCAUUCAGAGACCAGCCUCUUCGUCCUCAACCUCCACCACCCCACAGCUGCUCUUCCAGCCAGACUGCUUUCCACACCUUAACCAACAUUCCCCCUCCUUGUCCCAACUACAAGCGUUAGCCGACUCUCAGGCUCUGGGGCCUGUGGUGAACGUGUCUCAGGACUUUCUUCAGACCCACCGGAUGGGUCUCCUAAGUGGAGCUUCUUGCAUGACAGCCGGAGGCGGCUUCUCCACAUACCCAAGUCUGACCUCUGGCCUCCAGCCGGGGGCUCGUCCGCUACCGCUCCCGGGCCCCAUAUCCGUUCAGAUGGCCCUCGCCGGAGAACCGCGUCACUGCCUGAGCAUGGCCUACACAGGGGGCUACUUGGGGGCCCAUCACACGUUCACAGCUGGAUGCUUUGACAGGUGACGCCAGGAGACGGAGAGGGAACGGCCACAGGAGCGCUCCGCAGCGCUCCCAUCCCUGCUUCCUCUUGCAGAUCUUGCCUCUCUCUCCGUCGGCACGGCAACACCUUCAGCAUGUCCAGCCCUCCCGCCCCUCUCACAAAGACGCCUCAAACGCAAGCAGAGGUCCAAAGGCAAGAGAGACCCCGUGGAAGUCAUCACGCUGACAUGACUCUUUUAAAAUACUGACGUGUAAUGAAGCGUUGUGGAAUGAUACUGAUAUCACUGUGAAUGAGAUGCCUCCCUACGACCACCUCAUUCAGUGCCUCUUCUUUGUAGAAGUGCACAAAAAACACAACAAAUCUGUGAAAAGGAUACUUUGCUGCUUUGUUAUAUAUUUUUUUAUACUAAUUCUACCAAAAUAACCACAGGCAAAAAAGAAAAACAAGCUGUUGCUAUCCAUGCCACGUGUGUGUGCGCUGUAAAUGUCAGCAAACACUGAUUUAACACGUGUCGUCUGCAUCAGGCCAGGGCGGCCCCCUCUGGGAAUUCCUCACUGCAUUAAUCCUCGGAGGGGCGGAGGAAUUCCUUAUUUUAGUGCACAGCAGGUGAAUUUGACAGCUUCGAAAAGUCAUAGAAAAAGGCUUUCGUCUUUUGCCCUCUCUUCGUCUCCAAAGCCGAGCCUUGUGACGCAAGAGGAGAACCAGGCUUUAAGUGUGGGUGUCUCCAGCGCCACUCAAAGAAUUGCUGUGACUGGACCAGCACGGGGAAGGAGACAUGGAAGUGGUGUGUUGUACAAAUGAAAUGCUGCUGCCUUCUAAUGAACUGCUGGUUCUGUGUCUGUGUUACUGAUGUUUACAUGAACCACUUAAGUAUCAGGGACUUGAACAAAAUUACUUGAAUAUUCCAUUGGAACAUGCCAUAGCUUUUAUUUAUAAUUUCUUUUUCCUUUUUUGAUAUAGUGUAUCUUUUUAUACCGACCUAAAAAACCCCCACCAUUGAAGAAUAGGUAUUGUACGCUUUUCACACAGGCUCAGGUUAAAGGCUAAAACUAUCAGCCUUGCCAUUUUACUGUGCUAUUUCUGCUUUAAUCAUUCUGGUCCAAAAAGUGCCCUAUCUUCAUUGCCGGGCCAUGUUCCCCUAUGCCAGUCAGUGUUUCAAAGCUGUGUGUUAUAUCUGUAUAGAGGAACGAGCUGGCGGUCGCCACACAAACAUCUGCAUCCAGUCGAGUGUAAUUACUUUCCACGUUUCUAAACCUCCCCAUUUUCUACUUCCUGUUAAGGUUUAAACACAUCCAGAUUCCCUGUGCCAAUUUUAGGGCCUGCCUGCUGGUUACCAUGGCAAUACCUCAAAUGGCCCCUAACCCCAUGUAAUGUUUUUGACUAAUUGUGGGUGUCCUCGGUAUGAAAUGUUUAAGUCCUGGCACGAUGGUGGUCAUUUCUCACUUGAAUCCCAUCUGAUAUUAUUUCAAUGGUUCUGACUUGACAUGUCAACUAGUUAUGUAUGUCAGGGCUAGCGCACACCCCCCUCCCACAGCAUCACUAAAUCCAUUUCCCCGCACUGAUACGUUUUUUUUCCUCCCACUCACUUUUAUGUACACUUUCCUUUGAUUCCAGCGUGCUUUUAAUUUGAGCUUUUCGGGAAACUGAAUUUUUCCUCUUUGCCUCAUGACUCAGCUUCUCACCGAGGGGUCAAAGGUGCAAUAUGUUGUUUUGUGUGUGUGAUGUCUGGUGAACGCCACUGCUCCCCUGCGUUUCUAAGUUAUUUUUGACAUUUAUGUGAUUGGACUUGCGUUCCGCGUCCGCUAGAGGGCAGUGGACACUAGAACCGCAAUGACUAUGUUGCAUAUUGCAGCCACCGCCUCACGUGAGUAAAAAGCCUUGACUGCUGCUGAUUUGACUCACACCAAACAACACUGACACCACAUACUUCCAAUUUUAUGUUUUUGUUUUAGGUUUUUUUUUUCUAGCAACAAGUAGCUUUGCUUUACAUCGCACUGAAUGGUAAAAGGAUGUAUAUUUUUAUCAUUGUCAUGGAAAAAUAAACACACAAGUAAACCGAAGUCGGGGAUGUUUUUCCCUGUACUUUGUUGCUCCUUUGUGAUACAGAUGUACUGGAUCACAUCAAUGUUCUGCCCGGUGACCCCUGUAUUUGUUAGAGAAACUGUACAUCCCAAAGACGGUAACUGCACUAAUGUUAUUUAUGAAUGAUAAGUCUUUUUCCUCUAUUUGCAAAAACACUGAAUUAUGAACACACUGAUGGUAACAUCCCUGACCUUUGUCUAAUCGUUUAUGUGAAUUGUUGAAUAUUGUUUUAAGUUAAUGCACCCAAAUUUGGAGAAUGGUUUGUUCUGUGCAGGUGCAUCUUGAUGAAUAUGAGUAUCUUUGAAAAGCUCAUUUAUUUUAGUAGUAAAAAAAAAACCCUUAUAU